AUCACACCAGCCAUACAGAAUCCAGAUUUUGCAAACACUCUGCUGUGUAUCCAGACAUUCUGGCAUCUUCCAAAAGUUAUAGGACAUGCGCUCGUUCGCAUAGGAAAACUUAUUCUCUUUCGAAACUGGUGCCGUUUUGUCGCAAAUUCGGAAAUCAUUAUGGGCGAUACCGAAAACAAAUUGUUAUUAUUUAUCCUAAUGGUGUUUUUGUUUGUGAGCAGUGAUGGAAAUAAUGUUGACAAAAAGUUGAAAAGAAUGGAGGAUGUCAAAAAACUAGUGAAAAUGUGGUCACACCAAAUUGGAGUCAAAUUAACAGACGUCAGUAAAAAAAUGACAAGGGAUGAUAAAGUGAAGUUGAGUUUCAAAAGUCUUGAAAACAAGUUGAAAAAAGAAGAUGUAGCUGAUAUUGUAGGAGACAUAGCACUAGACAUAGAAAAAAUGAUGCUCCAGAAGCAAUACGCUGUAUUGAAAAUUUCGGAGUAUGCUGAAUUUCUCUCUUAUCAUAGAAGUGACCAACCAAUCUUCGAAAACUCAUCCUAUCACUUCUACAAUGCAGACAACCUAACUAGCACGGAAGACUAUCCAGAAAGAGAAACGGAAUUGAUCGACGAAAUUUUAACAAAUGAAUGCCACUGGACAUGCGAACAACCAAAUAUCUCCAAGUUGACAAAUAAUAUAUUCUCUAGUUACGAAAGAAGAAAAAAGUUAUUCGAACAGAGACGAAAUGAGAGAACUAGAGAAUGCAAUUGCGACAAUUUGCCAGAGAAAGAGCAACCACCACUGCACUAUUUGGAUCUCCCUCUGAAAUAUGAUCCCAAAUUCGAUAGCGAAGUCAAUUUGAAGCUCAGUAUAGCCAAAUUAGCCUUGAAUGUCUACCAAAGAGAGCAGCAUGUAUUGGAAGGUUUGCGGUGGUCAGAAGCUUUGGACUUGGUGUUCAAAGAAAAUCUUGCGAAUGAUUCUUCUCUGACAUGGCAAUAUUUCGCGAGUCCGAAGGGAUUCAUGCGACACUUUCCAGCAAUCAAGUGGUCUGACGAACAAUAUGAUAAAACCUACGACUUCCGCACAAGAACAUGGUACACCGAAGCGUUCACAUCUCCCAAAGAUAUCAUUAUCCUCCUGGAUAGAUCGGGAUCGACUAAAGGAACGAGGAGAGCUGUGGCUAUACAAGUUGUUAAUCAAAUUCUCGAUACUCUCAAUGACAACGAUUUUGUUAAUAUUUACACUUUCACCAACACUACGGAACCCCUUGUGGAAUGCUUCAAUGACACUCUUUUUCAGGCCAACGAAGAAAAUUUGCGACUGUUGAGGGAAUAUCUACCAGUUUAUGAAGAAGAAUUUGCCGCCAAUUUAUCUCUUGGGAUCGAAAAAGCAUUCGAUAUAUUGGAGAAUUUCAGACACACACAAAGAA